AUGGCUCCGCUGGCCGAGGUGGGCGGCUUCCUGGGCGGCCUGGACGGCCUGGGGCAGCCGGUGGGCGCCCACUUCUUGCUGCCGCCCGCCGGGGAGCGCCCGGCGCUGCUCGGGGACCGCCGCGCCCCGGCGGAGCGGGGGGAACGCCGCUCCCCGGCUGCGGCGGCGGCAGCGGCGGCGGACCUGGCGCACUUGCAGGGCAUCCUGCGGCGGCGGCAGCUGUACUGCCGCACCGGCUUCCACCUGCAGAUCCUGCCCGACGGCAGCGUGCGCGGAACCCGCCAGGACCACAGCCUCUUCGGUAUCCUUGAAUUCAUCAGUGUGGCAGUGGGACUGGUCAGUAUUAGAGGCGUGGACAGUGGCCUUUACCUCGGAAUGAAUGAGAAGGGAGAACUCUAUGGCUCUGAGAAACUAACUUCAGAGUGCAUCUUCAGGGAACAAUUUGAGGAAAACUGGUACAACACUUACUCAUCCAAUGUAUACAAACAUGGGGAUUCAGGGCGGCGUUACUUUGUAGCACUUAAUAAAGACGGUACUCCCAGAGAUGGGGCAAGGUCCAAAAGACACCAGAAAUUCACACAUUUCUUGCCCCGGCCCGUGGAUCCUGAAAGAGUUCCAGAGCUAUACAAAGAUGUGUUAGGAUACAGCUGAGCAAAGAGGCAGCUUUGGCAAAAAAGCAAACUGGAGCUGUGGCCCAUGCUUCCAUGGCAAUGCCAGCAUGAGGAACCUGCAGAGGUCUAGGAUGCUGGAUGUGAAGAACCUACUUGGUGAAAGGCAAGCCUCUGUUUUCUAACCACCGGAUUUAGGAGACAAAGCCUUGAAGCUGGACGUGGACCAGCUUCCCCAAGACUUGCUGAAUGGUUUGGGAGCCAGUCACCAGGGGGAAGUGGGACUUCUUAAAACGUAAGGAACUCUUGGCAAUUCUGUCUGGAUUACCUGGUGUCUGUAGAUUAGCAAGGCACCAUCUACAUCAUAUGGAUGAGACAAUGGCUGGAAGAAUAGAAAGAAACGGACUGUAAAAUAGUAAUAAAUCCUGAGAACUGCGUGUGAAGUUUUACGGGCUUCACUUUAGUGAUGGACAUUAGAUGUUAAUACAUAGUCAAAACUGGAACUUUUCUUCAGGAUGGACCUAUUUAUACAUCUCCAGAUAGCAUAUAUUUAUUUUAUAUAUUUAUUUAUUAAAGAGUUUAUUUUUUACUGGGAUAUGAAGAGAAUACAAUGAGAAAUUAUUUACAGUGCCAAUAUUUACUCUGAGUAGUGUCAUGAUGCAGAAAUGACAUUACCUUGCAAUGCAUCCAAAACCUGAACAUUCAUGUUACAUUGUUUAUCAGUUACAGAUAAGUUUUUAUUUUAUGUGCAUACCAUUGCCUUGUAACUGUCUUUAUUUGGAAAAGAAUGUUGGUGUUUUUUUUUUUUAUUAUUAUUUUUUUUUUUUAUUUUUUAUUUUUACU